CAUGCGCCACGAGCGUUCGAAUAUUCCCGCCAGUGGCUCUGCAAUGAUGUCGGCCAGUGCCUUCAGCACCCUCGGAUGGAGUACAUUCUCAUGUACAUUCUUUGUACAUGUCUUGAGAACUUCAGGCACAGUGGCAGAACUCUUUACUUCAAAGGUCUUCCGAACCAGGCCCCUUAAUGUAACGACUGAGAUUUGAGUUGGUCUAAGAAAAGGUCACAUUUACCCAAAGAAACUUGUCUGCCUAUGUCCUUACACCAACACAGCUAUGACCUAUCCCCCUACAACUGAGAUAUGAGGCUUUUUAAGAACUUCUUUCUACAACUUUGUCUGCACCAGACUUUAUUUCCCCAAGCCUUCUACCAGUGCACCUUCAACAGCGCUAGCAAUAGUAAAAGUCUUAGUACCCAGAAGCACCUGCCACUGCUGUUUUGUAACUGCAGUGUUAUCUAGAUCACAGCUGAAAGCUUAUAUACAAUACAGUGACCGAAAGUUUGAUGACCAGUUGUCUCUACUUCAUCUUUUAUUAUUGGCAGCGGUGGUGCUGGACCACUGAAAGGAAAGACGAGACAUUUGAGGGGGAAAUCUCAAGUAGCUGUAACCUAUGCUUUUCUUUCAUUUAGUUUUAUUUUUAUUAAUUUUUGAGCAAAACUGCUGCUUGUUUUAUCUAGUGUAGACAUGGAAGAGUAAGGUAAUUGCCUUUUUGACUCGCAAGAGGGUGCAAAGAAAUUGGAAGUAAUUGCUGCAAUGAAGAUUUGGAGAGCAGAGUAAAACCAGAACAUGUUUACUUGGGCACUGGCAGUCAUUGCAUAUAUAACUGCUUAUCUGGAAAAGGUUCCCCCCCCAGGAAGGAAAUGGUUAUGUGCAUCUUUGAGAUGUAUUCAACUGGAAAUGACUUGCCAUUGGAAGUAUUCUUUUUAAUUAAAUAAAGUAGUUACAUACUCUGUGAGGUCUCUCUUUUUUUCCUUAAAGCACUGAACUUUUUUCUUUAGAAAUCAUUUAUGACAAAAAUUGGUCUGACAGCAGAUAAUGGUCAAUAUGGAAAAUUACUAGAAAGUAAAAUAGAAAAUCACUUUGUCAGACAUAAGUAAUAUGCAUGUCACAAACUCAUUCAAGUAUUUUACUUUGAAAUACAGUGAAGCCCGUUAAACUCUGCAAGUGCCCAGCCUCCACACAUUUCUCGUAAUAAAAAAAAAAGGGGGGUGGGAUGUCUAGAUGAUGUUGAUUAUUCACUAGAAAUGUCCUCAAAAGCCUGGGAAUAUUUUAAAGUAGUGGUUCUCAAGCUCAGGUCCAUACAUGUUUGUGAUUGUAUAGAGCAUUUUGAGAAUUAAGCUUGGGGGAACAGAGUCUGAGACAGUAUCUGUCUAGUGAAGUACUCUUCAGAAUAUGAAUGCUGAAGAACUACUGUUGGGGGAAUGUAUUUAUGCAUUAGAAGUUUGCCUGUUUGAGGUGGCCUUUCAAGUAUAUUUCACUGAAAAAGACAGAGUAAAAUGAUUAUCCAAUGAAUAUAUCUAAUCAAGUCAAUCAUUUCAAAAAUCAAAAGCAGAGGGGUCACUAAGAGAACAGUGAGAUAAAUAACCUAGGUAAGGCCUGGUGAUGAAGUACAUCAUGUAACAAAACAAUGUUUGUUUCUUGUAAUGGCAAAUGGGGAGGAAAAAUCUAGUGAUAGUUGGGGGUGUACUGAAAUAAGGAUAGGUCUAGGAGAGGAUGAGAGUGAGUAUUGCAAAGAGGGUGGCAGAAGUGUGAGCCGUCUGCUGGAAUAUAAGCAUCUUGAAAAGAUGAAUGACAUUUUCCUCCAGGCCUUGAAAGGAUAUUAGAUCCAAACAUACUUUCAGUUUUAACAUGUAUAGUAAAGAGAAAGUUAGGGAGCUCCCGAAUGGGAGUGGAAAGAGGAAGAUUGUCAGAAGACCGUGAGAGAAUCAAAAUGAAACUAGCUCCCUUCUGUUUAGAGUAUCAAUUAUCAUUAUUCUGCAAGUUUUUUCAAUGCAUGAAACAAUGCUAGACUGAAGGUAACAAAAAGGAUAAUACUCCACGAAAACAGGUAUUUCAAUUUUAAAUCACUGCAAAAUCAGACUUUUCUCUCUCUCUCUUUCUUUCUUAGUGUUACAGUCUGUGGGACACAGAUCCAAUACAUGUUAAACCAAGUCUACAUCAAAAGUCACAAGUGUUAAUUUACUGUGACUUGUGCUAUUGAGCAAAUAAUAGGUACAACAUUUGAUCACUGAAUCUGGUUCAACUUUUACUGUUUUGCAGGUGAUGAAACAUAUUUACCAGACAUCUGUUAGCUGGAUGUUUAACCCUGCUAGCCAGAGCUAGAUACGGAAGGACCAUCUCUGGAAGCAAAAUACAGGAGAAAUGCCCUGAUGAAAAGGCACGACUUUCUGUAAUGGAAGAUGGAAGACAAAGGAGCUCGUGUUGCUGACUACUUUGUUGUAGCAGGACUGACAGAUACUUCAAAACCACUGGAAGAAGAAAUUCACUUCAAUGAUGCUUGCCAUAAAAUUGCUAAACCAAAAGAACCUAUCACUGAUGUGACCGUAAUUAUUAAAUCUCUGGGGGAGGAAGUGCCUGAGGGAUACAAAUGCAUCGAUGUUACACCAUCUGGACUAUCGGCAGAUCUCAAUAAUGGGAGUCUUGUGGGGCCACAGAUAUACCUUUGUUACCGGAGAGGAAGGGACAAGCCUCCGCUUACUGAUCUUGGGGUAUUAUAUGAUGGGAAAGAGAGAGUAAAACAGGGCUGUGAAAUCAUUCAAGCCACUCCAUACGGUCGUCCUGCUAACAUUAGUGGCGGUGCUUCGUCGCAAAGAGUGUAUAUUACCUAUCGAAGAGCAUCAGAAAACAUGAUCCAGAAUAUGUUGGCUGUCACAGAUAUAUGCAUAAUUAUACCAAGUAAAGGAGAAACCCCUCCACAUACAUUUUGCAGAGUUGAUAAGAAUCUCAAUAGCAGUAUGUGGGGCUCAGCAGUAUACUUAUGUUAUAAAAAGUCUGUGGCAAAAACUAAUACCAUAUCAUAUAAAGCUGGUUUAAUAUGCCGGUAUCCUGAAGAAGACUAUGAGUCCUUCCCAUUACCAGAAUCUGUGCCUCUCUUUUGCUUACCCAUGGGUGCAACGAUUGAAUGCUGGCCUCCUAAUAGCAAAUACCCACUUCCCGUAUUUUCUACGUUUGUAUUAACUGGAGCUUCAGCAGCAAAGGUAUAUGGUGCUGCUAUUCAGUUCUAUGAAGCAUAUCCUGAGGAGAAUCUCACAGAAAAACAGAAAUCUCAGUUGGGGUUAAUGACGACUGGAGAUGGGAAGCUGGAUAGCUCCAAAACACUUCAGACUAACAAGUGUAUAUGUCUUCUUUCUCAUUGGCCUUUUUUUGAUGCUUUCAAGAAGUUUCUGACAUUCCUAUAUCGUUAUUCCAUCUCUGGCCCACAUGUCUUGCCUAUUGAGAAACACAUUUCCCAUUUUAUGCACAAAGUUCCUUUUCCAUCCCCUCAGAGACCCAGAAUUUUAGUUCAGCUAUCACCCCACGAUAACCUGAUUCUUAGUCAGCCUGUAUCAUCGCCUCUACCACUAAGUGGUGGCAAGUUUUCUACGCUGCUUCAGAACCUAGGACCCGAGAAUGCAGUGACGCUGCUCGUAUUUGCUGUAACGGAACAUAAAAUUCUCAUCCAUUCCUUACGCCCUUCAGUCCUUACUAGUGUGACAGAGGCAUUAGUCUCCAUGAUAUUUCCUUUCCACUGGCCAUGUCCGUACAUACCACUUUGCCCCUUGGCAUUGGCAGAUGUGUUAAGCGCACCAUGUCCGUUCAUAGUCGGAAUUGAUUCAAGAUACUUUGACCUCUAUGACCCUCCACCAGAUGUUAGCUGUGUGGACUUAGAUACCAACACCAUUUCUCAAACUGGAGAUAAAAAAACUGUUGCCUGGAAGAUCUUGCCAAAGAAACCCUGCAAAAAUCUGAUGAACACUUUAAAUAACUUGUAUCAACAGCUGGCAGAAUUGCAGCAAAGACCAAGAGAAGAUGCAUUAAUGGAGUUAGCAAUGAAUGACUAUGAUUUUAAUUCCGGCAAGAAGUUGCAUUUGUUAGAUUUAGAAAUCCAGGAGGCAUUUCUGUGUUUCAUGGCCUCAAUAUUGAAAGGUUAUAGGUCAUACCUAAGGCCAAUAAUGCAAGCACCUUCUGAGACCGCCACAGACGCAAGUUCCCUCUUUGAACUGCAAGGAUUCUUAAAAAGUCGAGAUCGGUCACAUCAAAAGUUCUAUACGUUGAUGACCAAAACCCAGAUGUUCAUUCGCUUCAUUGAAGAGUGUUCUUUUGUCAGCGAUAAGGAUGCAAGUCUCGCAUUUUUUGAUGAUUGCGUAGCUAAAGUAGACAUGGACAAGACUGGUGAAACACGCCUGAUAGAGCUGGAUGAGUCUUACAAGAGUGAACACACAGUGUUUAUAACGCCACCCGAGAUCCCUCACCUACCCAAUGGGGAAGAACACCCUUUGCAGUACAGCUAUAAUGGAUUCCCUGUGCUGAAACUAGAUUUAUUUGACCGAUUUGAAGGGUUCCUGACUACACCAAAUAACAAACUGUCCUCAAAAGCCAGUAGUCCCAAUAGCCCAUCACCAAUGUUCAGGAGAACAAAACAGGAAAUAAAGUCAGCUCAUAAGAUCGCUAAGAGGUACUCCUCCAUCCCUCAAAUGUGGUCCAAGUGUCUGCUGCGUCAUUGCUAUGGCCUGUGGUUUAUCUGCCUUCCGGCAUAUGUGAAGGUGUGCCAUUCAAAAGUCAGGGCUCUGAGGACCGCGUAUGAUGUGCUACGAAAAAUGCAUGCCAAAAAGAUAGACCCACCUGAUGAGGUGUGUUACCGGGUGCUCAUGCAGCUUUGUGGACAGUAUGGCCAGCCAGUGCUUGCAGUGCGAGUCCUUUUUGAAAUGAAAAAAGCUGGAGUUGACCCUAAUGCUAUUACCUACGGUUACUAUAAUAAGGCUGUUUUGGAAAGCACUUGGCCUUCGAGCAAUAGAGGUGGCUAUUUUCUAUGGAUGAAGAUACGAAACGUUGUAUUAGGCAUUGCACAAUUUAAAAGAGCUCUGAAAAAGCUACCUGCAAACAUACCACAUGCUGCUCUCUCUGGGGGAGUUUCAGAUCUUGGAAGUAACUCAUCAUCUAAAGAAGAAGUUAGGCAAGGGAAACCCUCUGUUGAAGAUAACCAAGAACAAAAAGAGGACAAGAAAGAGAGUGAUUCCAGCUCUUUAUCUGAGGCAGAGAGUGCAAAAGGAAGCGGCGACUGCCUUCCUAAGCUCAAUUAUCAAAAUUCCAGUAGUGCAAAACCGGCUUCCAGCAUAGUCCGGCUCAACGGUCCCAUUGACAAGUCUGACAGUACACCAGGAGAAAUGGGCGCUGAAACCUCAGCAGGGUUGUUGUUCACGUCCUCUUUUGAAGAUGCCAACGGAGCAGAAAUUAUCCACAGUAAAACCUUAAGAAAGAGACAUAAAAGUGCAGUGGAAUCUGACCUAAAACAGAUGGCAUGGGCAAGCAGGAACCGCAAUCUGAGUGGAGAUGCCCUCAUGGGGCUCAUGAUCAACAGGAUUAAUCAGGAAGCAAGCCCUGGAGAGAUUGUUGAAAAAUUAGGAGUUGAUGCAAAAAUCCUAUCCAAUGUGUUCCAGAAAAGCAUAAGGCCAAAUACCCUUAACAUCAGGAAGUCGUCACUAGGCUCCGAGAGGGAGAGUCUGGAGAAGGAAUCCAGUGAUGAGGAUGCACCUUUUGACGGCAGUUUCGUAGACAAAAUGGAGUCUCCCGUUAUCUUUGAUCUAGAAGACUUGGAUGCUGAACCUGAGCCUAAAACAGUAAAAUCUUCUAUUGAGAAACUAAAGAGGCUUCAACGGAACAGUAGCCUUCCAGUUAAACCAAUUGAAAAAACAGACGUUGAAACUGGAUUUGAUCCCCUAUCCCUGCUGGUGGCUGAGACAGAGCAGCAGAAAGAGGAGGAUGAGGAAGACGAUGACAGAAGUGUUUCAACCCCAUCUGCGAGGCGAGAUUUAGCUGAAGAAAUAGUAAUGUACAUGAAUAACAUGAGCAGCCCCUUGACGAGCCGCACACCGAGCAUUGACUUGCAAAAGACUUAUGAGGACAAAACUACUAGUAAGAAGAGUCCCACGGCAGCCCAGCCUUGCAGAAGAUCCAGCCUUCCCCAGAACUCCCCCAGGCCAAGUCUUGCCAAAUCUAGGAGUUAUCAUCCUAAACAUGAAGCACGGGCAAGGGACAGGCUCUGGUCGUCUCCAGCUUAUUCUCCAAACAGUCCAGCAAGGGAACAGUCUCAGGAUAUGGCUGGCACUUUAGCUCUAGUAUCGUCACCCUCCUUCAACUUAGAUACGCUCUUAACCCCCACAUUUGAUGUUCUAAAAAGCAGCAUGUUUUCUGCUGGGAAGGGGGUUGCGGAGAAGGCUAGCAAGUGGUAUUCCAAGUUUGCUAUGUAUGCUGCAUCCUCCAAGGAUCAAAAUUCAGACCGAGCAAGUAUUUCAUCUCUUGGAGCCCUGGAUUCAGAGUCUACCUCUCUAACUGAUGAAGACAUCUGCAAUGACUUAGAAGGUGCUUCUCCUCCUCAAGAGAAUAAUGUCACCUCAGAAAUUAAGGGAAUGGGUCUCAGUAGAACGAGCCUAGAAAGCUCAGUUUCCCAUGAUGGCUCAUCCAAGCAGUUUGAUCAGUCUGGUUCCCUGUCGAAGUUCCCCUUGCCUGACAAAUCAGAGCUGGUAUCUUCCUGCAGCACAAGCAGCACCAGCGUGUUCCAGAACUAUGCUAUGGAGGUCCUCAUCUCAAGCUGUUCGCGCUGUCGAACCUGUGACUGUCUGGUUCAUGAUGAAGAAAUCAUGGCAGGUUGGACAGCUGAUGACUCGAAUCUCAAUACCACAUGUCCCUUCUGUGGUAAUCUGUUCCUGCCCUUCUUGAGCAUAGAAAUCAGAGAUCUCCGACGACCUGGACGAUACUUUCUGAAGUCCAGUCCAUCUAUAGAGAAUAUGCAACUCCUACCACCAUUUUCAAAUCAAACGAGAAGGGCCUGUAACUCUUCUGCCACUGCUGGUCCUGCUAUAUCUGUGAUGUCCAUUCAAGAUGAUGAUAACACAAAUUGCAAAUCUGAAGAGCAAGACAAUACCUGUGCUAGAAGCAUCCAGAUCCCUUCAGGAAGAAGGCAAAAUCCCACAGGACCAGAAUGUCCAAGCCACCCUGUAGCACGAAGUAUCAGCACUUACGGUCCACUGGAAGAAGAUGAGAAGAAGAACCGGAAACUCAGUCAUCUUAUUCCCACUGGCAGCCUACCUGCCACUUUGCAAGGAACAGAUCCCCUGGCGCUAGAAUGGCACUUACCCAGUCCAGACCCUAUAACCGUUCCUUACCUGAGUCCUUUAGUAGUAUGGAAGGAGCUUGAAAGCUUACUUGAAAAUGAAGGAGACCGUGCGAUAACAGUGCCAGAUUUUGUAGACCAUCAUCCUAUCGUGUUUUGGAAUCUGGUGUGGUACUUCAGGCGGCUGGACCUUCCUAGUAAUUUACCAGGAUUAAUUCUUUCUUCUGAACACUGUAAUAAAAACUCAAAGAUUCCACGGAAUUGCAUGUCGGAGGACAGUAAGUAUGUUCUCAUUCAGAUGCUGUGGGACAACAUGAAGCUGCACCAGGACCCGAGGCAGCCCCUGUAUAUUCUGUGGAACGCCCAGACCCAGAAGUAUCCAGUAGUCCAUUUACUGCAGAAAGAUGACGACUCCUUCAAUCAGGAGCUCUUGAGAAGCAUGGUGAAAAGUAUCAAGAUGAAUGAUGUCUAUGGGCCUAUGAGUCAAAUCCUGGAUAGACUGAACAAAUGGCCACACAUUAAAAGGCAGAGGAGCCUGUAUAGAGAAAUACUAUUUCUUUCCCUUGUUGCUCUAGGAAGAGAUAACAUUGAUAUAGAUGCUUUUGAUAGAGAAUAUAAAAUGGCCUACGAUCGUCUCACAGCAAAUCAGGUCAAAAAUACUCAUAACUGUGACAGACCACCAAGCACUGGAGUGAUGGAGUGCCGGAAGAUUUUUGGAGAACCAUACCUUUAAAUAAGAAGUUACAAUGUGAUGUAGACAUGUAAAAUGCCACUUGGGUUACAAAGAUCAUCUCUCGGUCAUUGGUGUUCAAAAGUGUUUCCAAUGUUACCAUGGCAGAAGGCCCUGGAGAAAUUAAGCCUGUAGAGAGUUAAAGAAAUGGCUGUGGGGUGAGGAACAUGCCAAGAACCAUUUCCCUGUUCCUUCUCUGCUCUGCUGAUCACUUAGUGAAGUGGGGGACCCCGACCUAAAUUAGAUUUUUAAUGUGGAACAACCCUUAACAGUCCUUUGAGAACUUUUGGGAGAGACAGGCACAAAUAAUGCACUGAAACAAGCAUGAGCGAAGCAAAUCCCGCAAAAUCUCUUGUUUACAUAGCAUAUUGGCAACGUGGUGAAAAGCAGACAGAGCUGUAUUGUAUAGCCUGGUCAUUGUGUAUAGCAAACUGAUAUUUUUUAAAUUUUUUUUUAAUUCCUAUAGUGAAUUUUAAAGGAACUUAUUGCAUAAGCAAUACAGUGCUCUUUUGUUUCCUCUCAGUACGCUGCUGUUCAUAGUAACUUGUCCUGUUAGUUUUUGGAAGUCAUUUGUUUUCAAAGUAGUCUAGAAAUUUCAACACCACCCUAGAGAAGACUCUGGGGUCAAUAUUUCACUUGUGCACAUACAAAAGGAUGUACAACCACUGCAGUCAGAUGAAGUGUGGCAAACGUGUGUGAAGUGAUGGUAACUAGCACACUGCUGCCUUUGUAGCGAUCCCAUGCCGAAUUCUGCAGAGAUCCCAUGCGCACAUGGAAGGAUCCCAUGAUGUAUUUUGAGGGCAUCCAACACUACUUAGCUGUCAGCUAAGAUAUAUAUGUAUAUACAGAUAUAUAUGACAAGGUGUAUGGUACAUAGCUUACAAAACUAUCUCCAUAUAAUAUGUACAGCACCACCUGUGUAGGUGUUUGAAAUGCCCUAAGUAUGGCACUUGGUUCAUGCUUGUCCAAAGUUCCUUUUCUUUUCUAAUCAGAAACUAGAUAUGAUAAGUAUGCCGCAUAAGAUACAUAGGGAAUGUAAUCUACUAGGGUAUAUUGUAUAUAAUUAGAUGUAUUUGGAAUGUCUGAUUGUUUUAUUUCACAGGCAACCUAGUACAACCCAGUAACUCGUUGUGUAAAGAAGAAUGAUGCUGCAUAACUCCCCACCCUGGAGUCCUAGCUUCUGACAUACGCUUUAAAGGUCUAGAAUUUCAGAACAUGUUACGUUCCCUCUCUCUCAUGCACAGACAUGCACAGUGCACUUCUACCCAUUAGAAAGUGGGAUACAUAGAUAAGGUCUCAUAGGUCCUAUAUGUUAGUACCUUCCCUCACCUCUUCCCAUGGUGGAAGUGGACCCUUAAGUCUGAGAGAUGGAUGCUACUGAAUUAGAUCAGAACAUCCCGUAUUUUCUUGCAUACCACAUGUACCCUUCCCCCUCAAGAUCAGCCCCCCAAAACUGGGGGGUGUGUAUUAAGUGAGGAAGCUGCUGGAAAGAAGCAAGUCUGAAGACACUAUGUAGGUCAUGCAGGUCUACACGUGAUCGCCAGCUACAUCGCUAUAGCUGGCACUCCCCCCGUAUAGCGCACCACUGGUGACAUAGCGGCAAAAUCUAACCAUGCGCCGCGUGCACAGUGCAGUAACCGCCUGCGACGUGUAGACACACCCUGUGUCGCACAACCGGCCAUGGGUCUGGAAAUUUUUUUUUUCUUGCAUUCUGCCUUCUAUAAACAGGAUGCGUCUUUUAUUUGGGGCAUGUUGUAUGCAAGAAAAUACAGUACUUACCUGAUUUGAUUCUUGCUUUGAUCCUAUUGCUUUGCUUUCAGUUCGGGGUUUGUGUGCUUGUGUUAUGGUAAUCCUGGUUGUUUACUCUUAACAAAAUUAGUACCCAUUUCUGUUUAUAGUAUCUUAAUUUAUUCCCAUUAGCUUUUAGGCUGGGUUUACUUGCCUGCAGAUACUUCUAAACUUCUCUAGUUUACAUGAGCUAUCAUACAGCAAUAUUGAACUGGAAAGGCUCUACCUCCAUGUGCUUUCUUCCCUUCGUGCAGCUCCAAACACUGUCACCGAUAGACUGGAACACUUAUUCCCACUGGAAUAAGUGGGACUGGAACCAUCCUAUUCCCACUGAAGCAAAUUGUAAAAUGUUCGUUGACUUCAUUAUUGUUAAAUGGAAGUAGGAUCAGGCCUUGAGGCAUUGAUGCGACGUGUUGCUGCUGUGGCACACUAAAAAAAGCCAACAGCAUCCUGGGUUGUAUUAACAACUACUUGCAAAUCAAGGAAGUGAUUCUACUAUUCAGUGCUGGUGAGGCCUCAGUCCUGUGUCCCAUUUUGGGCCCCACAGCUCAAGAAGGACCAAGGGCCUGGAAAGGAGGACAUACAAGGAAAAGCUGAUAGAGGUAGGGUUAUUUAGGCUGGGGAAGAGAAAACCUAGGCGGGAUUUGGUAAGUCUUCAAAUUCCUGAAGGGCGAUUACAGAGAGGAUGGAGAUGGGCUUGUCUCGGUGAGUGUAGCAGACAGUGGCCUCACACAGGAAGGUUUUAGAAUUUGUAGCUCAGCAGUUUGAUGCUACAAGCAGGAUUCAUCUUGCCCCGAGUCCAGUCCUGUUGGCUAUGGCUGAUACAAGCAGGAUUCAUCUCGACUCAAGUACAGUCCUGUUGGCUACGCCUUUCCUGGAGUAAUACCUCUUCUUUGACAUGCUGCUAAAUAGGAAGCUAGCUGAGCUCAGAUAGUUCUUUGUUUGAGGUAGAGCUAAUAAUGUCACAUUGUCACCUGUUUAUCUGGUUAGUUUAGUGUAAGCACGUGGGAUGCUUUAUUUUGCAGUUCCCACUUCUUUAAAAUGUUUCAUAGUUGAUAGGGUUGGAAGGGACCUGAGCAGAUCAUCAAGUCCAACCCCCUGCCAUGGCAGGAAAGAGCACUGGGGUUAAAUGACCCUGGCUAGGUGAUUAUCUAACCUCCUUUUUCCCUCAUGUGGCAUAGCUACUCUGUAAUCACCCAGUCCCAUGAUAUCAGCUCCCUCGGUAUGCGGUAAAUACACGCUCACUUCAUUCUUCUCAACCCAUGUGCUGAAUCCACAGUAACUGCUUUCACACCUACUGGCUAUAAGUACCCAGUAACAUGCAUGCCUGUGCUGCAGCUUGCAGUGGCUACAUCGUACUUGCCAAGUAAAAGGUGCAUACAAUAGUUGUCUUGUAGGUGCAUGCUUGCCCUCGCAUUGUGCUGUGCAGAAGUGUCCACAGCCCUUUUUGAUCCCAUUUUGUUCUGCACUUACUACUACUUGAGCCAGUGUUUUAUAGCUAUGAUAGCUAGCUGAUCCUUUAUACCUGAUAGCUAUGAAGGAGGAUAGGUUGUUUCCUCCAGAGCCACCAGUGGUUGGUGUUGCAGGGAUGUGUAGACAGCUGCAAAGCGGGCUCCACCCCUUCAUGUUUUAGACUGGCUCAAGCCUCCAAGUCUGGUCCCAGAGCCAAGUCUGUCUUGCUGGUUCCUUCUGCAGCAGCUGGGCACUUGUGCUGACGCAGGAAUACAUCGGCGUUCCCCUUUCGGCCCAGCUGCUGAGUACUAGCUACCACCUUUGUUUUAGAAGCCCAGACAAGUCUGCCAGCUUGUGCAGGUCUGAGAGGUCCUAUCAGGAUCGCUGAGAGCACGCACCAUAGCUUGAGGAGCGGUCUGUGGAAUUUUAUUUUGGGUGAGCAACUCAGAAGUGCGCUGGCCCCUUCUGCCUGCAUCUCAGACACCUGGCUGAUGUUCAUUUGUGCAGGCUCUAAACAAAUGCCUUGUUGGACUUUCCUUUCUCGAGUGAAAUCAUUACACUUACCUUUGGAAUAAUCCUUUCACAGCCUGCUGCAAGGCAUCCUGCUGCAGAAACACAUACGAGUCCAUGGCAAUACUGACCUACUUGUAGAUGAAUGGGAAGCUGUUACACCUUGGGGUAGGUCCUGGAAGGCAGAAAGUUUUUAAGCAUCAUACAAUCCAAUAUUGAAAUAAUUUUCAAACCUCAGUUUUUUUAUUGAAAAGAAAUCAGUUUGAUUCUAUUUUCCAGUACUCCAAGGAUGGAUAAAUGAGAAUAUUUGAAACAUGUAUUUUCUAUUUAAAAUUUUGUAUACCGUCAAACCCUUUUCUUCUGUGUAAUGAACAGUGUUUCUUUCCAAUAACUUUAAACAAGGCUUUUUACAUUUGCAGUGCAAUAUACUUGCUUUUUUUCUGGAUUGCACUGUAGCAGUGGAGGGAAAACCGCUGUUAGAGGAAAAAAUAGCAAAAUGCUAUUGUGGCCGAGUUAUUUCUCCAUGAGUGCUAAAUAGUGCCCCUUGCCAUGAAUUUUGCUCUUGAUACAAUUCUGGCCUUUAUAAAUUAGAUGAAUUCUUAUAUUUCCACUAAAAUUCAUUAAAUAUUUUCUUUUUACCCCAAAAUUAACACAAAAAGAAUUUUGCCUGUAAAAUCUUUGUAUAAGAAAUGGAAGGUGCAAUUGCUGGUUUCAGACAGAGGGAUAUUUCUGAGUAUUAUAAUCUCACUGGGAUUUCAAAAUGGUACUCUGUUAAUCUGCAAACAGCACUUUUUAAAUGAAUGCCUGUAGAUUUGUAAAUAUAUAAUGUUUACACUUUAUUUACCAAAAACAUCAGUAUGUUGGAUGUUUAUUUUGGAUUGUAAUUCAUUUAAAAUACAUAGGUCAAUGUUCACAAUGAUGGGGAAAAAGAAACUUUUUCUGUCUCAUCCAAAAAGAUAAAAUGGAUCUAUUCAGAGUUUUACAAUAAAUCCAAUAAAAAACUAAAAUAUCUCAA